GCUGAAGGAACUGGGCAGUGACAGAAAACUGGAGGUCUUGUCGUACCCCUUCUCCCAGCCUGGGUUCGGGCCGCCUUCCUUCUCACAGAAGCCUGUCUCUGCUCCUUGGCACCAGCUGAGGAUGAGGCUUCUAUCAUAGAAACUGCUUUCCAGAAGAGAAUGGGGGAUGUUCCCAGAGACGUGGGCCGUCUCAGUCGGACUGACGCCUCGUCUUUCCCUUCCCUUCCCUCAGGCCUGAAGCUCAUGGGAGCCCCAGCGAAGAUGACAGUGUCUCAGGGGCAGCCAGUCAAGAUGAACUGCAGUGUGGAGGGGAUGGAGGACCCCGACAUACACUGGAUGAAGGACGGGGCUGUGGUCCAGAAUGCAAGCCAGGUGUCCCUCUCGAUAAGCGAGCAGUACUGGAUUGGCUUCCUCAGCCUGAAGUCAGUGGAGCGGUCUGAUGCCGGCCUGUACUGGUGCCAGGUGAAGGAUGGGGAAGAAACCAAGACCUCUCAGUCAGUAUGGCUCACCGUGGAAGGUGUGCCAUUCUUCACGGUGGAACCCAAAGAUGUGGCGGUGCCACCCAAUGCCCCCUUUCAACUGUCUUGUGAGGCCGUGGGUCCUCCGGAACCUGUGACCAUUUUCUGGUGGAGAGGACCCACUAAGGUUGGGGGCCCUGCCCCCUCUCCCUCUGUUUUAAACGUGACAGGAGUGACCCAGCGCACAGAGUUUUCUUGUGAAGCUCACAACAUAAAAGGCUUGGCCACUUCCAGACCAGCUAUUGUUCGCCUUCAAGCUCCUCCUGCAGCCCCCUUCAACGUCACAAUGACAACGAUCUCCAGCCGCAAUGCUAGUGUGGCCUGGGUGCCAGGUGCUGACGGUUUAGCCCUCCUCCAUUCCUGUACCGUGCAGGUGGCACUGGCCCCAGGAGACUGGGAGGUUCUGGCUGUCGUGGUCCCUGUACCACCCUUUACCUGCCUGCUUCGGGACUUGGCCCCCGCCACCAACUACAGCCUUAGGGUGCGCUGUGCCAACGCCUUGGGGCCCUCCCCCUAUGCCGACUGGGUGCCCUUUCAGACAAAGGGCCUAGCGCCAACCAGAGCUCCCCAGAAUCUCCAUGCCAUUCGUACCGACUCAGGCCUUAUCCUGGAAUGGGAAGAAGUGAUCCCUGAGGACCCUGGGGAAGGCCCCCUGGGACCUUAUAAGCUGUCCUGGGUCCAAGAAAACGGAACCCAGGAUGAGCUGAUGGUGGAAGGGACCAGGGCCAAUCUGACCGGCUGGGAUCCCCAGAAGGACCUGAUUUUGCGUGUGUGUGUCUCCAAUGCAGUUGGCUAUGGGCCCUGGAGUCAGCCACUGGUAGUGUCUUCUCAUGACCAUGCAGGAAGGCAGGGCCCUCCCCACAGCCGCACAUCCUGGGUGCCUGCGGUCCUCGGGGUGCUCACCGCCCUGAUCACUGCUGCUGCCUUGGCCCUCAUCCUGCUUCGGAAGAGACGGAAGGAGACACGGUUCGGGCAAGCCUUUGACAGCGUCAUGGCCCGAGGGGAGCCAGCUGUGCACUUCCGGGCCGCUCGGUCUUUCAAUCGAGAAAGGCCUGAACGCAUUGAGGCCACACUGGAUAGCCUGGGCAUCAGCGAUGAAUUAAAGGACAAGCUGGAGGACGUCCUUAUCCCAGAGCAGCAGUUCACCCUCGGCCGGAUGUUGGGCAAAGGAGAGUUUGGGUCAGUGCGGGAAGCCCAGCUGAAGCAGGAAGACGGCUCCUUCGUGAAAGUGGCUGUGAAGAUGCUGAAAGCUGACAUCAUUGCCUCAAGCGACAUAGAAGAGUUCCUCAGAGAAGCAGCUUGCAUGAAGGAGUUUGACCAUCCACACGUGGCCAAGCUUGUUGGGGUGAGCCUCCGGAGCAGGGCUAAAGGCCGCCUCCCCAUCCCCAUGGUCAUCCUGCCUUUCAUGAAGCAUGGAGACUUGCAUGCCUUUCUGCUCGCCUCCCGAAUUGGGGAGAACCCGUUGAACCUGCCCCUCCAGACUCUGGUCCGGUUCAUGGUCGACAUUGCCUGUGGCAUGGAGUACCUGAGCUCCCGGAACUUCAUCCACCGAGACCUGGCAGCUCGGAAUUGCAUGCUGGCAGAGGACAUGACGGUGUGUGUGGCUGACUUUGGACUCUCCCGAAAAAUCUACAGUGGGGACUAUUAUCGUCAGGGUUGCGCCUCCAAAUUACCCGUCAAGUGGCUGGCCCUGGAGAGCUUGGCUGACAACCUGUAUACUGUGCACAGCGAUGUGUGGGCCUUCGGGGUGACCAUGUGGGAGAUCAUGACUCGUGGGCAGACGCCAUAUGCUGGCAUCGAAAAUGCUGAGAUUUACAACUACCUCAUCGGCGGGAACCGCCUGAAACAGCCUCCGGAGUGUAUGGAGGAAGUGUAUGAUCUCAUGUACCAGUGCUGGAGUGCCGACCCAAAGCAGCGCCCAAGCUUCACAUGCCUGCGAAUGGAGCUGGAGAACAUUCUGGGCCAACUCUCUGUGUUGUCCACCAGCCAGGACCCCUUGUACAUUAACAUUGAGAGAGCUGAGCAGCCUGCUGAGAGAGGCAGCCCGGAGCGGCCCUGUGGAGAGCAGCCUAGCGGCGAGGCAGGGGACGGCAGUGGCGCGGGGGCAGUAGGUGGCAUCCCCAGUGACUGUCGGUACAUCUUCAGCCCUGGAGGGCUGGCCGAGUCACCCGGGCAGCCGGAGCAGCAGCCGGAAAGCCCCCUCGGCGAGACCCAGCGGCUGCUGCUGCUGCAGCAGCAAGGGUUACUUCCUCACAGUAGCUGUUAACCUGCGGGCAGAGGACAGCUGGGGCCAUCCACCUGCCUCUGCUGGCCACUCUGCUGGCUGGCCAAGCCCAGCCUGAUCACAGCCCAGGCAGCAAGGUGUGGAGGCUCCUGUGGUAGCCCUCCCAAGCUGUGCUGGUACCUGGACUGACUAAAUCGCCCAAUCCCAGUUCUUCCUGCAGCCACUCUGGCUGGCCUGGCAUCCGUUCAGGCCUUGGCUGAGAGGAGGUGAGCUUGGAGCUGGUUGCCUGAAUGCGGGCAGCUGGCAGGAGGGGUGUGUGUGGCUAUGUUUCCAUGGGUACCAUGGGUGUGGAUGGCAUGAGGGGAGGGUAGCAACAGCCCUGUGGGCCCCUACCCUCCUGGCUCAGCUGCUCCUACUUCUAGUGCAUGCUUGGAGCUGCCCGCAGCCUGGAGGCGCAUCAGUGCCCACCACACUUGGGUUUAAAUGCCAGGUUUGCCCCUUCGAGUCACAAAGAGAUGCCGUUGUAUUGUUCACUUUUAGGUGACAGGAAGGGAGUGGUACACUUGGGUCCCAAAGCCCUUGGCAGGAGAUGGUGGGAUAUUCUCAGGUCUGAAUCCUCAUCACCUUCCUGAUUCCCCACCCUGCCAAGGCCUGGAGCUGGCUGGGCGCCUCUGAGGCAUGCGGGAGGAUUUUCUGAGUCUGGGAGAUGGAGGGGUGCUGGGGGGCUUGCCCAGAAGUGAGUGGAACAGUUCAGGACCCCUCCAAGCUUCCACAGUCUGUCUGAGCAUGCUGCCAAGUCCCCAGAUGUCCCCAAAACUAACAGAGGCAGUUUUGCCCAAGCCUAGCCCUUCCACACGGUGACCCUUAGGUCCACCCUCCUCUAAAUGGACAUCCUCUUUUGUCCCAAGUCUCCAGAGAGAGAAUCAGCCUGGUGGCUGAUUGAUGUGGGUGAGAGAAGUUCCUGGACCCAGGGCUGGGGUCUCGGCUCCAGGAACCUCCUGGAGUGCAUGGGGUAGGCCCUUGCUGUUAGGGACAUUUCUAAGCUAUUGAGUUGCUGUUUCAAAACAAAUAAAAUUGAAAACUAAAGAA